GACGCUCACUCUACUUCCUUGAACAGAAGCAGAAGAUGAUCUGGACAACUGCCGCCCUGCUGGUGACUCUGGCUUUUGCCAGGGUCAGCACUUAUCCGGGAGAAACCACCGAUACAGGUGUUGAUAUUCCUGAGGUGAAAGCUGCUUUGAAUUUUGCCGUCGGUAAAUUCAACAAUCAGAACAAUGACUUGUACAUCUACAAAGUGGCGAAAGUGAUCAAGGCCACCAGUCAGGUUGUUUCAGGGACCAUGUACAGAUUUGAAGUGGAAAUGGCUAUAUCUGGCUGCAAAAUACCUACAUCUAAACUUUGUGACAAGAACAACUCAGACAACAAAAAACCAUACGUAUGCGAGUUUGAGGUCUGGAGUCAGCCAUGGCUGGGCCCACCCAAGCUUACGAAGAAUGUCUGCAAACAUUAAAUUUCACUAAAGAAGCUUCCGCGUCCAGAAAGGUUUUGGAUUGCCACAUGUAGGGCCUACUCGUAAUAAUCAUUCAGUAUUUAACGGCUGUACACACAUAUAAAUUGUUGAUCCUUAACCAACAGUUGUCAAUUCUAACCUGUCUGUCAUAAUAAAGAUUGUCUACACCAUCGGC